AACAUAAUGCUUUCACUGGCUAUAAAGCAAUUCAGGUUUGUCAAAGGAGCUGUAAAUGCAUGCCUUUUUCAAGUCUUUAAUUCUCCACAAAUAAACCAAGUGUAGAAAGAUUUGCUGUUCUGGCAGGUUUUUAUUAUAAUAGAAGUGUUGCUUUGCCAUUUUCUUCUCUGCUUUAAUCAAGUGAAAGUUAUUUUCUCUUCCACCACCCUACCCUGCAAACAGUGCUCCGUGUUGAAGCCAGACCACAGCCUUUUUGCUGCUCCUGGAAACUCUUUGCAUUCCUUAAACUGACAACAUGGAUUUAAGUGAGCCAGAAAAGACUCUGCUUUUUGCCUUGUUAAUUAUUUUGUUUAUUGUAUGGCUCCUUCAAAGGCAAAAACUGCAGAAAGGUAGGCUUCCCCCAGGUCCUCCUGCUCUCCCACUACUUGGUAACUCAUUCCAUGUGAAUCUAAAAUCACCCCACAAAUCUCUCAUCAAGCUGAGUGAGCAAUAUGGCCCUGUGUUCACCAUCUGGAUCGGUACCUACCCUGCAGUGGUGCUGUGUGGUUUUGAGACUAUUAAAGAGGCGUUGAUUGAGCGUGGGCAUGACUUCAGCAGUAGGUACCCUCUCCCAGUCCUCCACAAAGUGUCAGGAGGCUAUGGAGUUAUCGCCAGUAGUGGGGAAAGAUGGAAAAAUCUUAGGAGAUUCUCUCUUAGCACCUUGAGGAAUUUUGGAAUGGGGAGAAAAAGCAUUGAAGAGCGGAUUCAGGAAGAAGCACAGUUCCUGGUUAAAACUUUCGGAAAUAAAAAAGAGAGCCCAUUUAGUCCAGAUUUUCUGAUGAGAUGUGCAGCAUCAAAUAUCAUCUGUUCUAUUGUCUUUGGAGAACGGUUCGAAUAUGGAGAUAAGGACUUUCUCUCACUACUGGAAAUGAUUGCAGAAAAUGGCCACAUUUUAAGUAGCCCUUGGGUACAGUUGUACAAUAACUUCCCAAAGAUCAUGGACCUUCUGCCUGGGCCUCACAAAAAGAUCUUCCAAAAUAUAUCAGAUUUGUGUGCAUUUUUGAAUAAAAAUAUUCAAAGUCACAAAGAAAGUUUGCAGAAGGAUUUCUCCAGGGAUUAUAUCGACAGCUUCCUCAUCAAGAUGGAUGAGGAGAAACACAACCUUGAUUCAGAAUUCAAUGACAGGAACUUGCUGAUGACAACACUGAAUUUAUUCCUGGCUGGAACUGAAACGUCUAGUACAACGCUGCGAUGGGCUAUCCAGAUCUUGGCGAAAUAUCCGCACAUUCAGGAGAAAAUUCAUCAAGAGAUUGACGAGGUGAUUGGCUCCUUGCGAUGUCCUGCUAUUGAAGAUCGAGCAAAAAUGCCAUACACAGAUGCUGUCAUACAUGAGGUCCAACGAUACAUUGACCUUGUUCCCAUGAAUCUUCCACACAUGGCAUCAAAUGAUAUAGAUUUCAGAGGAUAUCUGAUUCCUAAGGGUACACUUGUGAUUCCUGUACUUUCCUCCGUUCUGAAAUCCACCAGCCAGUGGAAGACACCAAAUUCAUUUAAUCCUAAUCACUUCCUUGACAAAAAUGGAUGUUUCAAAAAUAGUGACAGUUUCAUGCCAUUCUCUGCAGGGAAGAGGAAAUGUCUGGGAGAGUCCUUGGCUCGCAUGGAAAUCUUCCUUUUUUUGACGACUCUGCUUCAGAACUUUGUCUUCAAGCCUGUUAUUGACUGCAAGGAUAUUAACAUCUCACCGGUUUUCAGUGGAAUCUUGCAGAUACCCCACAUGUACAACUUUUGUGCUAUUUCUCGUUAACUUGAGCAAGACACCAGUUGUGUUGUAUCAAUUGAGUUUUGCAGAUGAUGUUAAAGCUUCAUUAGUUUAUCUAUAAAUUCCAGACUAAUCUUGA